AUGGUGAAAUUAAAUAAUUUAAAUUCGGGACAACAAGCUUUUACUGAGCAACCAGGUCAAACUAAUAACCAGUUCCAGCAAGCCCAAACUCCCCCUAAUAAUCAGCAAACCCCAAAAGGUUUAGAAAUGUUAACCGGGCAAAAGAUACCUCCGACCGGAGCAUUAGCCGAUAUUUUAAGCGGAAUUCAGCAAAUGCAGUUCAGUCUUAACCAAGUUUUAAAUCAACAACAGCAAAUUUGA